UGACCCGCGUGCUAUAUGGUUUAGAAUUUUUUUCUGAUUUUUGAUACCUAACAGUAGUGGUCAUUACAAUUUUCUUUGCCGGGGGAGGCAAAGUACGUACACUUGCAUCCAAAAUUUUCAGCUUGUUUUUCGAGGAAGUCCGGUAUCAGUAGCACUGCAAACUAUUAUUCAAGUAUUAGAUCUAUCUUUUCUCUACGAUCCAGGGGACAACAUGAGGAGGAGAUAGAUUCUCGAGUUUCUUUGAUCAAUUAGACAAGUGCAGAGACGAUCAGCUAGCUUCGUCGUUCCUGGGGGCUGCUUCAAUUCCUGGCCGCUAGAUCGGCCGGUCGGUUUCAACCAGAAAGACAAAGAAUUCAAAGGAAGACGUCGACGCAGAGAGAUAGAGGCUGCUCUUCGAGGAAGAGGAGUAAAUUUGAUUUUACUCCCCUGGGUUUAACAAAAUCGUUCCCCAGAAAUGAGUUUCCUCAAGGGUUCGCCCCGCCGCCGGCGUAACAACGAUUUGGAGGCCAGGGGAAGCCCCUCCGGAGGCGAACUAAUCGACGAAGAUGAGUCCGAUCCUUUCGAUAUUACCAGCACUAAGAAUGCCUCAAUCGAGCGUCUCCGCCGCUGGAGGCAAGCGGCACUUGUGCUGAAUGCUUCUCGUCGAUUUCGUUAUACCCUGGACUUGAAGAGGGAAGACGAGAGGAAGCAACGGAUAAGGACUGUUAGAGCACAUGUUCAAGCCAUACGAGCUGCUCAAAUAUUCAAGUUGGGCGUGACUCCAGAAAAUGGAACGCCCAAACCACCUCCAACCCAUAGUGGUUAUUUUGCAAUUGGACAAGAAGAUCUAGCUUUAAUGUCAAGGGAUCACAAUGUUUUAUCUUUGCAGGAAUAUGGGGGGGUUAAAGGGCUAUCAGAUUUAGUAAAAACAAACUUAGAGAAGGGGAUUCAAGGAGAUGAGCCUGAUUUGCAGAAGAGAAGGAAUGCAUUUGGAUCAAACACUUAUCCUCGAAAAAAAGGGAGGAGUUUUUGGAUGUUUCUUUGGGAAGCUUGGCAAGACCUCACAUUAAUCAUUUUGAUGGUAGCUGCAGUGGCCUCUUUGGUACUGGGUAUAAAGACUGAGGGUAUCAAGGAAGGGUGGUAUGAUGGUGGGAGUAUUGCUUUUGCGGUUAUUCUUGUCAUUGUUGUUACAGCUGUAAGUGAUUACAAACAAUCUCUUCAGUUCCAAAAUUUAAAUGAGGAGAAGCGAAAUAUCCAUUUGGAGGUUAUUAGAGGUGGCAGAAGAAUUGAGAUAUCGAUAUAUGACAUUGUCGUUGGUGAUGUGAUACCUCUCAACAUCGGUGAUCAGGUCCCUGCUGAUGGAGUAUUAAUUUCUGGUCAUUCUCUCGCAGUUGAUGAAUCAAGUAUGACUGGAGAGAGCAAGAUUGUUCACAAGGAUUCUAAGGAUCCUUUUCUAAUGUCUGGCUGCAAAAUUGCAGAUGGUAGUGGCACCAUGUUGGUAACUAGUGUUGGGAUCAAUACUGAAUGGGGAUUGCUGAUGGCUAGUAUUUCAGAAGACACUGGUGAAGAGACGCCAUUACAGGUACGCCUAAAUGGGGUUGCGACUUUCAUUGGUAUGGUUGGACUUUCAGUGGCUGUCUCUGUCUUGGUUGUCCUUUUGGUCAGAUAUUUUACUGGCCAUACCAAAGACACCUAUGGAAAUAAACAGUUUCAAGCUGGCACAACAAAACUUGGGGAUGCAAUAGAUGGUGCCAUCAAAAUUGUUACUGUUGCAGUCACCAUCGUAGUAGUUGCAGUGCCUGAAGGGCUUCCAUUAGCCGUUACCCUAACCCUUGCCUACUCUAUGAGAAAAAUGAUGGCAGAUAAAGCCUUGGUACGAAGGCUUUCAGCAUGUGAGACCAUGGGUUCUGCCACGACUAUUUGCAGUGAUAAGACUGGAACCUUAACUUUGAAUCAGAUGACAGUGGUUGAGGCUUAUGUUGGAGAGAAAAAAGUUGAUUCUCCGGAGAACAAGUCAGAGUUAUCUCCCUUGGUAUCCUCUUUACUUCUUGAAGGCAUUGCACAAAACACAAAUGGCAGUGUGUAUGUGCCCGAGGGUGAUGGAGAUGUCGAGGUUUCUGGAUCACCAACAGAAAAGGCCAUUCUUUCUUGGGGACUCAAGUUGGGGAUGAAUUUUGAGGCCAUCAGAUAUGAAUCUUCAGUUAUUCACGUCUUCCCCUUCAACUCGGAGAAAAAACGUGGUGGUGUUGCACUAAAACUGCCCGAUGGUCAAGUUCAUAUUCACUGGAAAGGGGCUGCUGAAAUAGUUUUAGCAUCAUGCACACGGUGUAUUGAUGCAACUGGUCAGCUGGUAGCAAUGGAUGAAGACAAGGUGAAUUUUUUUAAGAAAGCUAUUGAAAAUAUGGCUACUGGUAGCUUGCGUUGUGUUGCCAUUGCAUAUAGAUCCUGUGAGUCGGAAGAGGUUCCAUCCGAUGAAGAGCAUUGGUCAUUACCUGAGAAUGAUCUUGUAUUGCUGGCUAUUGUAGGUAUCAAGGAUCCUUGUCGUCCCGGUGUCAAAGAUGCCGUGCAACUAUGCCAAAAUGCUGGUGUUAAGGUGCGGAUGGUCACUGGUGACAAUCUUCAAACUGCAAAAGCAAUUGCUUUGGAAGCUGGAAUACUGGGUUCGGCUGUAGAUGCUACGACUGAGCCAAAUCCAAAUAUAAUUGAAGGAAGGGCAUUUCGUGCCUUAUCAGAUACACAAAGAGAAGAGAUUGCAGAUAAGAUAUCUGUGAUGGGGCGGUCUUCUCCCAAUGACAAGCUUUUGCUUGUGCAAGCAUUGAGAAAGAAAGGGCAUGUUGUUGCUGUAACUGGGGAUGGCACUAAUGAUGCCCCUGCUCUGCAUGAGGCAGACAUCGGCCUUGCAAUGGGUAUUGCAGGUACAGAGGUUGCGAAGGAGAGCUCAGAUAUCAUCAUCUUGGAUGACAAUUUUGCUUCUGUCGUGAAGGUUGUCAGAUGGGGCCGAUCUGUAUAUGCAAAUAUUCAAAAAUUCAUUCAGUUCCAACUUACAGUGAAUGUAGCAGCUCUUAUUAUAAAUGUUGUGGCAGCGGUUUCCUCUGGUGAAGUACCACUGAAUGCUGUGCAGCUUCUCUGGGUCAAUCUUAUCAUGGAUACUCUUGGAGCUCUAGCAUUGGCUACGGAACCACCAACUGAUCACCUGAUGCACAGGCCACCAGUUGGUCGAAGAGAACCUCUUAUAACAAAUAUUAUGUGGAGGAACUUGCUCAUACAGGCUCUAUACCAAGUGAUUGUCCUGCUUGUUCUCCAUUUCCAAGGUAGGAGUUUACUGAAUUUGGAGCAAUACAGCAGCGAUCGUGCCAACAAAGUGAAGAAUACUUUAAUAUUCAAUUCCUUUGUCCUUUGUCAGGUUUUUAAUGAAUUUAAUGCUCGGAAGCCAGAUGAACCGAAUAUAUUUAAAGGAAUUACUAAAAACUCUCUUUUCAUGGGGAUAGUGGGACUAACCAUUGUGCUUCAGGUUAUUAUCAUCGAGUUUCUUGGGAAGUUUACCACGACAAUAAGGUUGAAUUGGUCGCAAUGGCUGAUCUCUGUCAUCAUUGGGUUUAUGAGUUGGCCCCUGGCUGUCAUCGGGAAACUGAUACCCGUUCCAGAAACUCCCCUUAGUAAGUUGUUCCCAAGAUUCCAGCGACGACGAAGAACUCAAAGUUAGUGUUAGUCGAUAGAAGGCUUGAAGAGUUACAGCAGUAGCAUCGGCAUCAGCCUUCUUAUAGAUACUGCGUAUUUGCUUCCCUGCAGUUAGUUGUAUUGCUUAAAUAAAGCUCGUCUCUUUACAUGGUGAGACUUUUUGGGACUAGUGGAUUUCAUACACGGGAAUUGAUUUUAAUGGAAUUCUGCUACUACAAAGGAUGUUUAUCUUUUUUUCGGAUUGCUUUAGUGUCAAAACCGCAUGGUUGUCUCGGUUGGCAUUUAGUUGAUCGGGAGUGUACUGUUUUGAUUGUAAAUUCACGUCGCUUCCUCUCU